AUGGAUGACGUUAGAUAUGGGUUUCUCAGUACAUUGGACCAUUUGCCGUGUGAUGUGGUGAGAAUUCUAUGGACUAUUCAAUCUCUAGAUAUUAGCGAUGAUGGGAAAGGGAAGCAUUGCGAAGAGAUGCUUCGACAAGCACAGCAUCUUUUGGAACUUGUACGACAAGAGAGUGCGAGGGUUAAGUUUGAGAAACAAGAGUUGGAGCGGUUUGCGGUGAUCAAGGAAAGAUACGAUGGCCAUGUAAGGAAACGGCCAAAGUUGAAACCGUUACCGCCUCAUAAGCCAAUCAAAAUUCGAAUAACGAUGAAGUCUAGGUAUCCAGAAGCAGAGAGAGAACAGAAGUUAUUAGAGCAGAAAAAGAUCCAGCAGCAAAGUUCGACAAGUGAUAAUCAGCACAAUCAAAGCACGGAUGCUGAAGUGUACUGUUUUUGUCGCGAUGUGUCGUACGGGCCUAUGAUAGCAUGCGACAACAAGUCAUGUGCCAUUGAAUGGUUCCACUACCAGUGUGUGGGGCUAACGGAGGCUCCCGCUGAUAACGAAAAGUGGUUUUGCAGUGACAAGUGCAGGAAAGAGUAUGAGGAUGCGAUGAAGAAGAAGAAGAAGAAGGUUACAAUUGGAAAAUCGGAACAAACAGCACCACCAAUAGCGAACAAGAAGAAAAAGAAGAAGCGGAAAAAUUGGUGA